ACAUGUAUGAUUGUAUGCAUAUUUAAUGUGGGUACAGGAGAAAAAACAGCAAAGGCGCAUUGGUAGAGGAGAGUUGUUUAUUAUGACUCAUAAAAAAAGGAAUGGCUCUUAUAUGAACGAUGCUGCGCGUGUUGCUGGGGAAGCGAUUGCGAAUAUCGAGAGCCAAGAUGGUUCCUCGAAGGAGAUUUCACUUACUGAUUCGCUUGCGCAAGUUCUUGGAAAGGAGCAUUCAGGACGAGUUCGAGGGUUAGGAUUUGGACCAUGUCCGACCGAACUUAUUCAUAACACGACCCAACAAUCAAACUCUGGAGUGCAGAUAGAGGAGUAUCAGAGGGAGAUUACAGAAUUAAAGGCAACCGCAGCAGAACAAAAGGCAGAGAUUACAGAAUUAAAGGCAGCGGCAGCAAAACAAAAGGCAGAGGAAAUGGAAAAGAGACAGACCAUGGUAAAUCUUGUAAAAUACAUGUUACAACAGCAAGGAGACACUUUGCCACCUGAAAUUGAAGCACAGCUGAAGUCUUUGGGGAAUGUAGCACAAUAGGGAUCUUUUAACAAUUAACUGUUUUCUUCUUUCCUUUAUGAAUAGUAUACUUUGAGGUCAAAUUAUUAUCAACUAUUUUAUUUUGUCAUCUAUAUAUAUGGAUCAUUUGGGAUAUCUUAGUAUUGUGUUUUAUUUUUUAUAUGGUUUUUUUUUAAUUGUAAUUGCAGACAUAAUCAGUUAAAUUAAUACGAAACAAUUUUAAAUUAAAAUAUUUCAUGAAUGUUGUUUGUCAUAUGAACACAAAAUUCAAAUAAAGUAUUUGUUUGAAAAAAAAGUUAUUGUUAGCGGCGGUUAUGUUUGAAUGCUGCAAAAUUCGGUUAUUUAAACAAACUCAGAUAGCGGCGGUUAUCUGACCACCGGGAAACGUGUCUCAACGACUCAACACAGACCUGGAAAGCAGCAGCUGUUCCAGACCGCCGCAAAACGUAUUCGCCGGUAAAAUGAGGUUUGACAGCGGUUAUUCCGGCGGUCGAAAAAAACCGCCGCUAAAGGUUUGCCGGCGAACUUAGUUUCAGCGUUUCUUUAACCGUUGUUGUAUGUUUAGCGGCGGUCAAACAACUGCCGCUAACUGAGUUUUUAACCGCCGCUAUCUGCUGGACCUCUUGUAGUGUUUCCGCAUCUAUACUUCAACCGAAGAACUCUCGCCCACAAGGCAUUUUUAUUUCCAAUAAGCCCCCACCAACUUUCGUCAUAAAUGCAUGGUUGAGUGUACUAGCAUGGCGAAUUCCCAGGCCA